UGUGGGACGUCUCCCCCCGCUCCCCCAGCCGGUUCCUGGGACAAAGCCGUGGAGGUGUCGGACUUCGGCCCUUCGCACAUCAUCAACAUUAAGAAGGAGAAGAGGGAGACGGACGAGGAGACGAAGCAGAUCCUGCGCAUGCUGCAGAAGGACGACUUCCUGGAUGACCCGGGGCUGAAGAACGACGUCCGCAAUAAACCGGUGCAGCUGCCGCUGGCGCACUCGGGUUGGCUCUUCCAGGAGGAGGGGGCCGAGCAGGAGGACCCCCAGCCCCCGCCCCCACGGCCCCAAGGAGGAGAAGAUGGAGUUGGACCCCCCUGCCGUGAAGGGUACCCACGUGGGGGCUGGGCUGGGGGUGCCACCCCGCUCCCCAACCUCGCCCAGCACCAACUUGAUGCCCGCCUGGUGGCAGCUCGGUCUCAGCGCCCAGCCAAAUCCCACCCAACCCCAACUCAGUGCCCACCCAACGUCAGCCCAUUGCCCACCCAGUGCCAAUCCAACGCCCAUCAGAGCCAACCGAGUGCCCACCCAAUGUCACCUCAAUCUCAAUGCCCACCCAGUGCCCACCCAGCGAUGUCAAUCACUGCCAUCUCUGCACCCGCCCAGUGCCCACCCAGUGUCAAAUCGGUGUCUACCCGAUGCCUGUCAAAUAGUCAACCCAGCGCAGACCCGUUGCCCACCCGUUGUCAGCCCAGUGCCCAUCAGGUGUCAACCCAUCACCCACCCAUCACCAACCCAGUGCCCGCCCAGCGUCACCUCAGUCUUAACACCCAGUGCCCACCCAGCCCCAACCCAUCACCAAUCCAUCACAAACCCAGU